CUCCGCCAGAGAGCCGGAUCGCUUCUCCCAGUCUGCCUGCUUUUUGUUCUCACGCAUUUGCAGCCAGCCAGCGCCGCGAGCGGACUUCAGCCAGCCGGUCAGCGGAGAAACUAAGCAAGCGGUCCCGUCUGGAGCCACAUGCUCAGCGCACUUGUUUCAGAGGAUACGCGGCGCUCCUUAGUUACAUAAGUGGACUACUUUUUUCUCCCCUGUUAUCACUGGGUUUGUGUGGCACCGAGACUGACUCGCUUCUUUUAAAAGUACAAAAAAAGAAAAAGAAAAAUGGAAAACGAUGACAAGUACCUGCCCGAGCUGCUGGCGGAGAAGGACAGCCUGGAUGCUUCGUUUACACACGCCACCAAACUUUUAAACGCAGAAAUCGACAGGGUCCAGAAAGGUGAAACAAAAAAGGAGGCUGAAACAUAUCUGGACCUUUUCACAACAAAGAACAUCAAGCUCAAGGAGCGAGUGCUCAUACCUGUUAAGCAGUACCCGAAGUUCAAUUUCGUGGGGAAGAUUCUGGGACCUCAAGGUAAUACAAUCAAACGUCUGCAAGAAGAAACUGGAGCUAAGAUCUCCGUGCUGGGCAAAGGAUCCAUGAGAGACAAAGCCAAGGAGGAGGGGCUGAGGCAAGGCGGCGAGCCCAAGUACGCCCACUUGUCUAUGGAACUGCACGUAUUCAUCGAGGUGUUUGCUCCUGUUCCAGACGCCUACAUGCGUAUGGCACACGCCAUGGAGGAGGUCAAAAAGUUCCUGUUUCCUGAUAUGAUGGAUGAUAUCUGCCAAGAGCAGUUCAUGGAGAUGAGCUACCUGAAUGGAGGCCAGGAGCAUGGAGGCCGAGGCCGAGGGGGCCUGCCGGUCAGGGGCCGAGGAGGACCUCCUGUUGGAGCACACAGGGGCAGAGGAAUGCCUCCCCGCGGUGGCCCUGGGAGGGGCGUUGUGGCGCGAGGUGGUCCAACCAGAGGCGGUGCAGUGAGAGGAGGUCGAGGCGGACUUGCUGCAGCAGCCAGCAGGGGUGCAGCCGCGCCCCGUGCUCGUCCCCCAGCUGCAGGACCACCUCAAAGGAUGGCGGCGCCACCUCAACACCAACACACCCCGGCUGCUGCUGAAAGCUACGACGAAUAUGGUUACGAUGACAGCUACUCAGAGACGACCUACGAGUCAUAUGACAGCUAUUACAGUCAGCCGCAGGCAGAGCCAGAAUACUAUGACUAUGGACACGGAGAGACUACAGACUCAUAUGAGUCAUAUGGCCAGGAUGACUGGAACGGGACCCAGCGAGCAACACAAGGGAAGGCUCCUCCUCCAUCGAGAGGGGCCAAGACGCCUUACAGGGAGCACCCGUACCGACAGUACUGAGGUGGACUCACCACCGCUCACGUGUCGCCCUGAUUACCGCCUGUCUACCACGGCAGCUCUCGCUUUAAGCAGCCCGACAAAAGUAAUUGUCUGUUUUGUCCUUGGUUUGGUCUUUUCCUUCACUGGACUUUAUACGAGAGGAAAUUGGGAACUGAAAAUCGGAACUGAUUUUUGAGAUCUGAUCGCAAACCUUUUCCCCAACAUCCACUUUGUCACCACCCGACCAAAGCGGCUUUUAGAUGGGUUAGAGAUGAGAACUUGGUGUCUUGUUUUUUGUUUUGGUUUUUUGUUUGUUUUUAUUUUUUCAUUUCAAUUUUUAUUUAUUUUGCUGUAUUUUUCUCUGACCCUAUGAUCCCUCUCUUGCUUUUUUUGCACUGUUGAUGAUUAAUUUUUCUAGUGGGAAUAGUGGCUCGUUAUCCAUUUUGUCUAAUUUUAAUUGUUUUUAAACUACAGAGAAUCUGUUGAGGGUCAGUUGCAGAUUCCCAUUUAGGCUACAUUUCAAAAUUCUGUUAAUAUAGCCAAAUAAAAGACAUUUUAAACUUUCAAUUAUAUAAUAUACAAUCAAAACAUACUCUUAAAUCACAUGAAGGUUCAAGAAUUAGUUUUAAUGAAAUUCAGUACAAUUCAAUCUUGAUGUUUUUUUUUAAAUAAAUAGAACUAAAACAUUGUUCAUUUAGAUUUAGGCUGCAAUAUUUGUUAUUGUACUUCGAGUUUUGAAAUAUAGCCCUAAUAGACACUGUUGAGAUGGACUGUCCUCAUAUCCUCAAUUUGUUUUACAUGUUAAAAAUAAUUUUAAGACCCUGAAGACAAAAUGUUUUAAUGAGAUCACGGGCAAGAGAUGGCCCGCAUUAAUGCUAAAAGAACAACAAAAAAAGGUUCAGGUCUUCAUUUUGUGAUCUGAUUCUCUCUAAACUGCAUGCACAAAGUACUCCAAGAAGGAUUGGGACAAAAAUCUCCACAUGGGUCUUCUCUUUCUAAAGAGAAGGGAUCCUGCAGCUCAAUCCGAACUCUUGUACAUAUUUUAAUACAUCCUAACUGUACUUAUUCUGCCACUAGUAUCUGUACCCUCUCCAUAAAAUGCAUUAUGCUACAUGUGUAAGCUUGCCUAAAUAGGUUACUAAAUCUGUCCAAAAGAUGUUUUGCAGCAAUUUGUCAAUAAAGCCUAGUUUGUUUUUUAUGAAACAUAACUUGCUUUAUUUGUUUCCUGUCCUAGUAAAAUUUGAAAUGGCCUUUUUUUAAACAAUCUUCAUUCAGUUGUAGGUGUUUUGCUUUGUUUCUCAUUCAAAAAGGCAGUUUUAAAUCUAAAUGAAUGUAUUGACGUCUGAAGACUUUAACCCUACUAAAUGAUGUCUUGAUUGAUUAUCAAAAGAGCACAACUUAUUCUGUCUCUCUCUUUCUAUACUUUUUAAAAAGGACCCAGAGGUAAGACCUCUAAAAUAACCUGGAUAGCUUCCUAAUGUGUAUAGAGUUCUAAAGCAUUGAAUGCCUGGGUAUGUAUAAAACUUUUUCAAUCCUCUUACCUGUGGUCGUAACCGUUAAUGAGAAUUGCUUUUAUAGCAUCUGAAAAUUAACUGAAUUCAAACCACCAUUCAAGUCUAGGUUUGAUUGUCAUGAAUGACGCUGGCGCGAUGGCUACUUUAGUACAGAGUAAUGGCAGUGCAAUGGAGAGGAUGGUUAUAACCUAGAGAACUCCACUGUAAAGGUAACCUAACCCUAAAUGUUUAAUUUCGUAGUGUGUUUAUACUUUGCCAUAAACUUGCUGGUAAAUAUAUACAAUUUCUUAAAAUAUUGUAGUCAUGACAACCAAAAGUAUCAACUCAAAAGUAAGAACAAAGUAACUUCCAAUAUCAUACAUUAGUGGAUUUUAUGUACCAAAAUAAUUGUUUUGUAUACUAACAAUAUACAUAUAUAUAUAUUUUGAAACAGUGUUAAUGCAACUCUAGCUAAAAUGGAAAAAAAAAUCGAAUCUGUCAACAUCUAUACAGUUGAGCUGCUGUUACUUUUUAUUUGCAAAUCUGUAAAGGUUGCUUACUGUAAUAAUUAAAAGGUUCUGCCAGUAAAAAGUUAUCUGAAAAAGAAAGCUUGAGUUGCAUGAGCAUAUCUUCUAUCCUUUAGACUUUGCAUGAUCUGUCUCAAAUUUCUCCCAGUGUUUUUGAGACAAGGUAUUGAUUUGGGAUUUGUCCUUUCUCCAGGGACAGCUAUCGGUCACUGAGUGCCCAAGGAAUGACGGUCUGCUGGAGUAAGACCAGAAAAACCUCAGUGCAGAGAAGCCGUUGGCACGGAGGAGCUCGCUGUGGAGGAGGCGGUCAGACGAAGCUCUUGGGGCGUCUGCUUGAAAGGAGUGGUCUGAGGUCCUUUCCUGGCAGAGCGCGGCUGAGAGGCGACUCACAGGAGCUGGAACAGCACAAAGACUGCCGCUGAUCAGCGUUUCGCCUUCCUGGCAGGACAACUGAACACUCAAACUCAGCACUUUCUGCUUUUUUCAGUAUUUCAUAUUAAUAUAUUGAACAAUGAA